AUGGCGGAGCAAGUGCAGGGUUUUAUGUGAGCAGCUAGUGAGGGCCGUCACCAUCAUCAUGGAGCCCGGCUCCACCCAGGAGCAUCGACUGGAGGCCCUGAGGUUCUGUGAAGGCUUCAAGGAAACGUGCCCCAUGUGUGUGCCCUGCGGUCUGCAGCUGGCAGAGAAGACUCAGCCACCCGUCAUCAGGCACUUUGGUCUGCAGGUUUUAGAGCAUGUAGUCAAGUUCCGGUGGAAUACCAUGGAACGAGAGGAGAAGGUGUGUCUGAAGGACAGUGUGAUGGGCCUCAUCGCUGGGGGCAUUCGUCCCAUCCUGGAAGAAGAAGGUCACAUCAAGGAUGUGUUGGCCAGGAUUGUGGUGGAGAUGAUAAAGCGGGAAUGGCCUCAGCACUGGCCAAACAUGCUGAACGAACUGGACACUCUCACCAAGAAUGGGGAAGUACAAACAGAGCUGGUCAUGUUCAUCCUCUUACGACUGGCAGAAGAUGUGGUGACCUUUCAGACUCUGCCGACCCAACGCCGGAGGGACAUCCAGUCUACUAUGACACAAAACAUGGACAAGCUCUUCACCUUCAUGUUGGGAAUUCUGGGAGACAGCGUCCAUCACUAUCAGCAGCUGAAAGGAGACCCAACGCAGAAGGACAAGUGCCAGGGACUGUGCCGGGUGGCUUUGGCGACUCUGAACACGCUGGCAGGAUACAUUGAUUGGGUGUCCAUCAGUCAUAUUACCGCACAGGACUGUAAGCUCCUCCAGAUGUUGUGCUUGCUGCUGGCUGAGGAGGAUCUGCAGGUGGAGGCAGCGGAGUGUCUGCUCAUCGCUGUCAGCAGGAAGGGCAAGUUGGAGGACCGAACACCUCUCCUCAACCUUUUCGCAGACAGUCCCAUGCACUAUAUUAUGACGGCUGCCCAGAAGGCUCAUGGGGAAGGCUUACAGGAGAAGCGUUAUGUUUUCCUGAAGAGGCUUUGCCAAGUGGUGUGUGCUCUGGGCAGUCAGUUGUGCGCCCUGACGGCGUCUCCUGAGAAUAAGAUCACGAUACCGAUGACUUUCAACAAAUACUUAAAAUCUUUACUGGAUUUCACAGCGCAUCCCAGCCAGUUUCUGAAAUCUUCCACCAUGAUGACGUGGGGGUCUCUCUUCAGACACGAAUUACUAUCAAAGGACCAAGCUCUGCAGGCCAUAGUUCCAGAAUUCUUGCGAGUUUCUAUGAGCAACGUAGUCCGGGUGGGCUUCCCUUCCAAGAACAAUAGUCCCAGCUGUGAAUAUUCCCGACUCGACUUUGAUAGUGAUGAGGACUUUGUAACCUUCUUCAACUAUUUCAAAGCAAUGAUGGGGGAUGUGAUGGAGGCAGUCGUGUCGUCUGAAUCCUCAUGCCAGCUUUCACAUGGCUGCCGAAUGGCUUCAGUUCCAGAUCUCUGCCCCACUGGACCCGGGACCAAAUGGCUCCAAGGCUGGAGAGGGACUCUGCACCCUCUUGUCACCCUCAUACAUUCAGUGGGAUGCCAUGACGUUUUUCUGCGAGUGUGUCAUCAACCAGGUUGUACGGGUGCUCCCGAAAGAGGAUCUGCCCGUGUCUCAAGGUGUGGAGCUUCUCCAAGCUGUGCUCAACUAUCAGACGAAGGACCCCCUGAUCCUCUCCUGCCUCCUCACCAACCUCUCCGCACUCUUCCCCUUUGUGCGCUAUAUGAACGGUUUCAUGCCUAGCGUUCUGACCAAGCUUUUCUCUGCCGUCCCCUUUGAGCUGAAUACUAAGGGCCCCCGGACCCGCUCAGUAAAGGCCGUCCGCCGUCAUGCCUGCGCUUCCAUUAUCAAGAUUUGCCGCGAUACUCCGGAUCUGGUUCUGCCUCACUUUACCCUCCUAAGCUCACACGCCACGCUCCUGUUUAUGGAUGAGCGUCUCACUCAAAUGGAGAAAUAUUCCAUGCUGGAAGCCCAGGUGAUGAUCAGCAACCACUUCAACAACUACGAGAAGCAGCGAGACUUCCUGGCGCAGCUGCUGAGUCCGGCCAUCUCUGUCUGGUCAUCCCAGGAAAUUCAAAGAGCCAUCUCCUCCCCUGAAGAAUUAAUUUCUUAUGUGGGAGCUGAAAUCCUGAAAGGACUGGAGGAAGUGGAGAGUCCAUGCCAGGCCAACCGCUCUCAGCUGAGUUUCGCCUUGUAUACGGUGGAAGGGGUGCUGCGAAGAGCCCGAUGGCCCAGUGAUCCAGAGACAGCAAAAGCUGGCGGAUUUGUCGUUGGUUACACUCCAGAAGGAAACCCCAUUUAUCGCAACCCGUGCAGUGAGCAUGUGCUAAAACUUCUGGACAGCAUCCUCUCCCUGGUGCGGUCAUUCAACAAUCUGUACCUUCCAGAGGUUGUCCAGAAGAUGGGUGAUUUCUAUGCCAAGUGUUUGGAUGUGAUGGAGAUGGAGAAGAAGUGCAUCUUGGGGUUGACACAGCCCGUCCUGGACACAUAUGACGUCCCCGUGUACCGGAGCUCCGAGGAGAGGAUGCAAGGCUUCUUCUGCACCAUGUAUGACAGCUGUUACCAGGUCAUGGGAAACCUCGGACCAUCCUUGUCGCAGGACUUUUAUUCUAUUCCGGAUCUGGCCACUCGCCUGGUUAAUUCGGCCUUCUGCAAUCUCAGCAAUGUACCGGACUUCCGCCUGCGAGCCAUGCUGCGUCUGUUUGUGAAGCCGCUUAUCCUGUCCUGUCCUCCAGAGAGGUACGAGAGCCUUAUAUGCCCCAUCGUGGGUCCGCUACUGAACUUCCUGCACCAGAGAUUGUCACAAAAAUGGUUAACAAGCAGUGGAGAAGAUUAUGGAGACUUGAACACAGAAUCAUCAGAGAUCCUGGAAAUCGAGCUGACACGGCUGCUGACCAGAGAAAUGGUGGAUCUGCUUGUUACGUGCUGCGUGGCCAAGAAAACCAGUGAGCAAAGCACAAACAAAGCAGAGGUGGACGGACUGCGGGGUGUGAAUCAGCCUGAAGCAGAGGAUGAGAGAGAAGAUGAGCCUGGAAGUGCCGUUACCCGGGUCUCUGGAGUUGACCGAUCUUGGGAAAUUUCUGAUGUCAAGUGAGGAGGUGUCCUCCCCUUUACUGAUCAGUGCCUUCAGCCCGCUUGUAUGGGUGGACACACCCGCCUGUCAGAAAGCCGCUAAUCAGCUAUGCUGGCCCCUACUAAAACAGGUGAUUUCCGGUUCUCUACCCUCAGAAGCUGCUCUUUGUUUCUUUACAAAUAUUCUGCGUGGGCUUCAGACACACGGUCAGCACGAAUUCUGUAAUGCAUCCCUGGUGAGCCUGGCAUUCCAGGUUUAUGAAGCUCUGCGUCCACGGUUCCAGGAGCUGCGACUGGUGAUGGAACAAGUCCCAGAGGUCCACAUGGACUCCUUGCAGCAGUUUGACACCAAACUUCUAUCCCCGGGACAGAAAGCUUCAGAGAAGAAGAGGAAGGAUCACUUCCGCAGGCUCAUCUCCGGGUGUAUAGGGAAACCUCUUGGCGAGCAAUUUCGAAAAGAAGUUCACAUCCGGAACCUUCCCUCCUUAUUCCAGAAGAAGCCUCGCCCGGUCUUGGAAGAUUCCAUUAUUGGAGGCUGUCCAGCAGCCCUGCCGGCACUAUUUCAGCAGUGA